AUGGCUGAGGGGACGGCGAAAGGAUGCUUUGUUCGUGAUAACCUAGAAAUGAUCAAGUCUGGAUCCGCCCCAGAUACAUUGAACGAGGAGAUCCUGAAGAACUGUGCCGCUGUCUCUUACUCUGCUGGGUCUGAUACUUACUACCGUGGCCCUGUUGCUUUCUUUCGUGCUGGCAAUGGCCCAUUAUCCUGCCGUGCAGGCUCGCGUACAGGCAGAAGUAGACAGCAUAACACGUGGAUCCAGGCUUCCAGACAUCACUGA